UGUCUUCCGAAUCUCGCCCGCAGUGACCCCAUCAAACUCCAUAGCCGCUGACGCAGCAUAUUUUAUUUGACAGCUUGUCUUGGGCUACUGGCAAGGCGUCUUUAUUCUCUUCGACCCGCCCAUCUACGCCUGGUGGCUUAGCGUCGCCGCCAUCUUCCUCAACAUCUCUUGGUCUUUGCACAAUGUCAUCGCGUGGAUGAAGAUCCGGCCCUUUCUCAACAAGACCGCUAGUCGAUUGUUCAUCGGCACUGUCAUUCUCGUUCAGCCAUACUGGGUGGUCGAGAUCUAUGCCAACUUCACUUAUUUCCACAAUAUCAACAAUGUCUUUCUGAAGACCAGACCCUGGGAAGCUCUAUGCCGCGACCCCUGGUGGGUACUCGCCGCCUGCAUCUUGUUCUACAACAUCAAGACGAGAUAUGACCUCUCUAUCACUCAGAUUGUCCGCAUUUCUCCUCGAUUUGCCGUGAUGCUCGGCGCGAUGAUUGUCAGCAUCUGCUUCAUCGUUCUUGACGUCCUGUCCGUGACAUCGGCCCUCAAGUCGGCAUUGCCCGUCGGCAUCAACCCGUUCUGGAAACUGUCUUUCGUAUUCAAGUGCUUGACGGAUGCAGUGGUGUUGGACGAUUUCAAGACAGCCUUGGACCGACUGAGGGCUUUCAAGUUAUCCAGGCUCGGCAGCUUUGCUAUGGACGGCACGGACACUCGAGCUAAGCAGCAUAUGGAGGACGUGUCGCGCUCCAACAACUGGCAGACCCCUUCACCCACAGCUGGAAAGGCUCAACCAGUUGGACCCCUACCCUCACUACCCAGAAGUCCAGAUGGAGAUUACAUCAACCCGCAGUGGGAAGACCUCAAACCCCCUCACACGGACCAUAUCGAAGAUGAACGAUAUGCCACUGUGGCAAGGAAUGCAUCGCGUGACCGGGACGCAGAGGAAAAUCAGUUCGACGUGAUCGAUUAUGCUGACCCUCUUGACCCUCAACGGGAAGCCAGUGACGCUCAUAUCCUCAAACAUCACAGCACUUGGCCUGGAAGAAGGCCAUCCGACGAGACUUCCGACGUUGAUAUCGAGUAUGCUUUGGCAGUAAGGCAGGUUACUCAAGAGUCGAUGGAGCACGACCGGAAAAAGAACAGGAAAUAGGUAUCGGCCAGUGACACUUCAGGUCUGGGUACCGGGAAGUCAUUACCAAUGCUCAUGAAGGGCGACUGAGCUGGAUCCACGUGUAUUUUGUCGAAGGAUCACGAAUAACUUGAGCAAGGGCGUACGCCCGGUCGAGCAUGGAGUCUUGCGGGAUGUCGACAAGAAGAAGGGGUCUGCUGGAUAGAGAACCAGCGUUGACGAUUAAUGUGAUACCCAGGACGGAAACUUGAACAUAAGAAUUUCAAAAACGUUGAAAAUGUUGCAUACUCUCGGCUGUCCUCUGGCAGAGCUUUAGCUGAACAGAUGUUCUCCGGUAGUUCGUCCAUCCACAGGACCCUUUCUGGGGGUUCGGAAGAUUAAUCUAAUCUGGCUGCCA